AUGACUACUCCGACAAGCGAAGCGUCACGGAGAGGCAUGAAAGGACAUGUCACUCGCUGGAUCAAUAACAUCCAGCAGUACGACAACGUGCAGAUGGAUCGCACAAUCCACAACCUAGUGCUAGGAGCUGAAUCCAACUUACGCAACAUGUACAGCAAAUACAAGCGACUCUCAGAGGGGGUCGCCAAAGACAUGGAGCAAGCAGGAGCGACCCAAGAACAAUUUCAAGCGGAAAUCGACAGCCAAAUCCAAGUUGAAGAGGAUGUCGGUGACGCACUCAUGAUCGCAAAACGAAAAAGAGAAGAAUUCAAAGAAAUGCAAGACGCUGAAGAAAGAAAACGGCAUGAUCAGACGCUACUGCUCAUGCUCCAGACGCAACAAGCAGCAGCGGAUGCCACCAGGGCCCAGGAAAAAGCCGAUCAAGAUGCAGCCAGGGCCCAGGAAAAGGCCGAUCAAGACGCUGCCAGGGCCCAAGAAAAAAUCGACGAAGACGCUGCAAGAGCACAGGAAAGAGCAAUCCGUCAACAAGAAAAUCUGGAUCAACAGAACUUGUUCCGACAACUGAUUGCCGCCAUUCCAGCAGCAGCUGCACCAGGAGCGCCAGCAGCUGCAGCAGCAGUUGCGUCAACUAAACUGCCAAAACGUCAAAUCAAGCCGUUCAAAGGGGACGUGCUCGAAUGGACAGCCUUCUGGGAAGGUUACAACGCAGCCGUCCACGAAUCAGCCAUUCCGGCGGUUCAAAAAUUUGGAUACCUUAAAGAUUACUUGAAAGGUGAAGCACAACUGUGCGUGGAGAACCUGGAGCUGACAGACGCCAACUACACCGUCGCAAUCACCCUCCUGAAGGCAAGAUAUGGCAAAACGGACGUCCUAAUCGAGGCCCACACACAGAAAUUGGACACGCUGCAACCAGUAAAAGACGUAGCUGAUACCGCGGCACUCAGGUGCUUCCAGUUGACUAUCCAGUCACACAUCAAUGCGUUGGAGACACUGGGAGUAGCAAGAGCCAGCCACGGGUGUCUCCUUGGAUCAAGAAUUUUGCGCUCGAUCCCACUCAAACUUCAAGCAGAGUGGGCCAAAUCAGCAACGAACAAGGUAACUGACAUUGAUCAAGUACUAAAUUUUAUCGAAGAGCAAGUUGAAGUCGCAGAGCGACUCAGCCGUCUGAGAGCUUCAACACAAAAGCCAGCCCAAAAUUCUCAACAGCCGGCCAAAUCAACACCACCUACUACACCGACAGCCUCUCAGCUCGGAGUCAGCAGCAAGCCGACUCCACAAUCAAAACAUUCAAGCAAAACAAGAAGAAAUGGCAGUCCACCACCAAGGAGAGAAACGACAGCAUCAUCUCCAAGAAAGCCAAUGCUGCCAUGCGUGUUCUGCAAGGAGAUGCAUUGGGCUAUCAAUUGCCCAAUGGAGCUGAAAGAGAAAAAAGCAGUCAUCACAAACGAAAAAAGAUGCUCUAAUUGUUUUGGUCAUCACGAGACAACUGUUUGUUUUAAUCCACACAGGUGCCAACGAUGCCGAGCCAAGCACCACACAUCCUUGUGUGCCGAGAAAGAUACCAGAUUCGGAUCCUCAACUAUAAUCCCAAGCAAACCGGUCGCUGGGAGCAGCUCAACAACAGCGUGUGCAAGCUCCUUUGGUGAAGUUAUCCUAAAAACAGCAACCGUUUACAUUACAGGCACGAAUGGAAAACAAAUCCGAGCGAUUCUCUUCCUCGACGAUGGCAGCCAUAGAACAUGGAUUAAAAGGCAAAUUUCGAAAGAGCUUCAACUGAAAAUCAUCCAGGUGGAACAGAUCGCGACCAGGGCCUUCCGGCAGACAGAAGCCCCUCCAGCAGAAACUCACAAUGUGGUCGAGAUGACGGUGCGGGGCACCUGGCCGGGAGCCCCAACGGUGCGUAUUGAAGCUCUAGAAGCAACCGACAAAGUCGGAAGCACCGGCCCGUACCAAACCACAGAAUUUGCAAGAAAGCUGUGGAUGGAGAAUGAAAAUUUGGCAGACGACCGAUUCGAACGUAAAGGUGGAGACGAGGACGUUGGAAUUCUUGUUGGAAUGGACCAGAUGUUCAACAUCAUGUUCAACGAACCAGCAACUAUCAGCCCGUGCGGACUCAGAGCCUACACGUCCAAACUUGGGAAAGUCAUCGGCGGUCCAUCGCAAGAAAAAUCAUCGAAACAAAAUCAAACAAUCGUCAGUCAACUUCUAAUCAAUUCAAAUCGCUCUCUUCCACAGAUCACUUCACAGCCAUCGAAAUCCAUCCAAUCAAACAAGUCGGAAAGCAGGGAGACAGGAAAUUCCAAGAAUUUUGCCAAUCUGAACGACUGUGUUGCUGUGGAGAAGGACGAUCAAUUCCGCUCCUUCUGCAACGAAAUCACACGAUUCGAAGACGGCAGGUAUUGCACGCCAAUCCCAUGGACGACUGACAGAUGGAGACUGGAAAUCAACCACCAGAUGGCAGCUACAAGAUUGAGAAGCAUGCUGUUCAAACUACGCAAAUCUCCAGUCGACUUAGCCAACUACACCAAAGAAAUCAAUCAACUGAUAACAAACGGAUUCGUAGAAGAGGCUGAUUUCAAUUACGAUGGCCUCCACACUUAUCUACCGCAUCACCCAGUCUACCGGACGGACAAGGCUACCACAAAAAUCCGCCCAGUUUUCGACGGCGCCGCAAGAUCCAAAUAUGGGCCGAGCCUCAACGAUGUUUUGGAGACCGGACCGAAUCUAAAUCCUGAUCUCCUCUCGGUCUUAAUGCGCUUCCGGAUGAACCGGAUCGCCUGGAUUGCGGAUAUUGAAAAAGCCUUUCUCAACAUCGCGCUGCAGCCCGAAGACGCAGAAGCAGUCAGAUUUUUAUGGCCAAAGGAGCCGAAAAAUCCCGACUCCGAUUUCAUCGCGUACAAAUGGAAACGAGUUCCAUUUGGGCUAAGUUCAAGUCCAUUUCUUUUAAGAGUGACCAUUAAUAAACAUUUGCUCUCAGUCAAACCCAGAUUUCAGAAGACAGUCGAGCAAAUUGAAGAGCAGCUUUACGUAGACGACUACCUCGGAGGAGCAGACAUCGUGCCAACAGCAAUAACCACAGUGGAAGAAACCGUCACGUUAUUUUCAGAGGCCCAACUCAACAUGAGGAGCUGGGCAACAAACAACAAAGAGCUCCGUGACUUUCUCACCGAAAAAGAAAUGUCGAACCAGAUAGUCGGAAUCCUUUCUCCCACAAUUGACGGCCAGCACAAGGCACUGGGUCUUAGAUGGGACACGAGCUCCGAUUCAUUUAAAUUUGACCCUACAUCUAUAAUGGAAGCAGCCGUGGAGAUUGGAGAAAAAAUCACCAAAAGAAAAAUUCUGAGCAUCUCAGCAAGGAUAUUCGACCCAAUUGGUUUUCUAGCUCCCACAGUUUUACUUUUAAAAAUAAUCUAUCAAAAACUUUGGGAAGGAGACAUAGGUUGGGACGAUGACGCCACACCCGAAGUGAAGAACACCUGGAGCAGCAUCAUGAAAGGACUGAAGGAUCUACAUAAUUUGGAGAUCCCACGAUGGAUCGGCUAUUCAAAACCUUCCAUCGUCUCCGCAGAAAUUCACGUGUUCGGCGAUGCAUCAGAGGCAGCCUACGGAGCAGUAGCCUACGCACGGCUCCAACUGGAGAACGGAACUCCGUACACCAUCCUCCUAGCCAGCAAAACGAGAGUGGCGCCUCUUCCAAAAAAGAAAGUAACGUUACCCAGACUCGAACUACUAAGCUCUUUAUUAGCAAUCCGUUUAGGAGAGAAAAUUCGAACCUCCCUUCACACCGAGUCAUGGAAAACGAUCUACUGGACAGAUUCCCUCGUCACACUCGGAUGGAUUAGAGGAGAUCCUUAUCGUUGGAGACCGUUCGUGCGAAACCAAGUAGAAACCAUCAGACAAUUUUCUAACAAGGAAUGGUGGAGACAUUGCCCCGGAUUGGAGAAUCCAGCCGAUCUCGCUUCGCGGGGAGCGCCAGCGCAUGCGCUGGUAGAUUCGAAACUUUGGUGGCACGGACCAGCCUGGCUAACAGAAGAAGAAAGCGAAUGGCCGAAUUCUCCAGAAAACCAUUCCACCGAAACUCAAGAGAAAAUCGAGGAAGAGGAGACGAAGAAAACGGCGACCGUCUCCUUUGCAGCGAUCGAAACCGCCCAGCCAAUUGAAUGGCACCUCGAAAAGAUCUCUACAUGGACAAAACUACUCUUCAGAACAGCUUGGAUCAACAGAGCGCUCAACCGUAUGAGGAAAAGAACGCGCGGUCCAGGACUCGAACUAAAAGAAAUAAUCACAGUCGCCGGAACAGAAAUCACAAUCGACAAGAUAGUCACCGAAGAGCUGAACGAAGCGGAGCUAGCCAUCUGCAGACAGCUCCAAGUCGAACGCUAUCCCAAAGCCUUUUGGACACUCCAGCGCGGACUGGAGAUUCACCCAAAGGAGAAAAUCGCAUCGCUCCGACCGGUCUGGGACAAUCGAGAUCGACUCAUCCGAGUCACUGGAAGAGUAGCGCUCGCCCUCAGGGAUCGAGACAUUCAACCACCGAUCCUUCUCCCAGCAAAUCACCCGGUCGUAACUAUGUUGAUAAUUAACAAACAUGUAUUCAAUUCACACACAGGAGUAAAAACAACACUGUCAGAACUAAAAGAGAAAUACUGGAUCGUGAAAGGACGCCAACAAGUGAGAAACGUUUGGUACACCUGUGUGAAGUGCCAGAAGCUGACUUCACCUCCUUUCCGACAAAUAGCAGCGCCGCUACCAGCCAACCGACUCCGCGAUGCCAGGGCAUUUGAAAUAACCGGAACCGAUUUCGCUGGCCCGCUGUACUACAAGAACGCGACUCCGAAAAGGAAAUCCAAGUCGACGCCAUCCGUCGAACAAGUCAUUCCGGAACCUCCACCAGAAGAAGAGAACCCGGAUGCAGCGGAGCUUCCCACCGAAGAAGCUCCCGAAGAAGAAGACGAUGGCGACCAACUGGAUCCAGCGCAACCAGUCAACAAAAAGCAACCGAAAAGUUACGUGGUCAUCUUUACUUGUGCCGUGACGAGAGCGAUUCAUCUGGAGUUAACCAAAGACAUGACGGCUCGCUCCUUUCUGUUAGCUUUCCGUCGAUUCUCCGCCAGAAGAGGCCCAGUGUCAGUGAUGUACAGUGACAACGCCCAAACAUUCCGUUGUGUGUCUCGAUUUCUUAAAAACAUUCGAUCCGACCCAUCCGUUCACGACCUCCUCGCCAUGAGAAGAACCAGCUGGAUCUUCUCCGUUAGCCUCGCUCCAUGGUGGGGCGGAUUUUGGGAGAGAAUGGUGAGGAUCACGAAAGAUCUCUUGAGACGAUCCAACGGGCGUGCAUGUCUCGCGUAUGACGAACUGGAAGUGAGUUUAAUCGAAACAGAAAGUGUGAUUAACGCGAGACCGUUGAACUACAUUGGAGAAGGAGCGGACGAUCCGCUCCCGAUCACUCCGAAUCAGUUUCUCAAUAAUCGUCGUUCAACUUGUGCCACGCCGGAGCCAGCAGUCAAUCUAUUGGCUCCCGAUUCAACAAGUGAACUACUCAAGAAAAUGGAUCAGAACAGGCGUGAUUACGUCAGUGACUUGUGCUCACGGUUCGUCUCCGAUUACCUGAUGCAGCUGGAUAAUUUUCACGCAAAAGGAUCGUCAGGCAGAAAAAUCCGCGUCGGAGAAGUUGUCGUAAUCCACGACAAACUUUCCAAACGGCUCAUGUGGGAGACGGGAGUAGUUAAAGAAUUACUCCCCAGCUGCGACGGCCUAGUCCGAUCCGCAAUAGUUAAAUUCCCAAACGGUAAAUUAUUAACCCGAGCCAUUCAGUGUUUAUAUCCCGUAGAACUGAGAGAAGAUCAACCGGAAAAUGUGGAGAUCGCAGACGGUGCGUUGAAUCCGGAGCCAGCUGAAGCAACUGCUCCGCAAAUUCCAAACCCACCCGAUCCGGCUCCACUCCCAUUGCUCCCGAUCGAUCCAGCUGACGUCGAAGAAGAUAAUCAUGUGGCCAAUCCGGCCGCAACUGACGUCGGCGAGGUCGAGUCCCAAGGCAUGGGCUCUGGUGGGGAGUAUGUUGGGAACGAAAGGCAUCCCCAACGGCCGACGACGAGAUCCGGCCGGACGACCCGGAUUCCAGCUCACCUACGAGAAUUCGACCUUCGGGGCCCCCGAUAG